CAGCAGCAGCAGCAGCAGCUUCAACAUCAGACAGGAGAUAAUACAUCAGCUUCAGCAGCAGCAGCGGCAGCAUCUCCAAUGAUCCUGAUAUUGCUUCAAUGGUGGAAAGCACUGGUCGAGAGUGUACAAUUCCUUCAACAUACCGAAAGAACAUCUUACUUUGAAUCUCUUGUUGAAAUCGUAUCUCGGAACGAGUUUCUUUACUAUGAUCAAGCACCCGUAGUAGCAAUACUAGGGAGACAUCAUGAUGUCAAAUCUGGCUCUGAAUGGGCGUAUUUGUCCGAAUAUCACGAAUUGUUGAACAAAACAUUAAGCUAUGCUAUCGACACUGCAGAUGUCUCUGCUGUUCAUCCCGGUACCAUCAUCUUUUGCGCCCAUAUUCUUGCACAAUGUUUCUUUAAAGUACCAGGCCUCGCAUCUGCUUUGCUGCAAACAUUACCUGUGCAACAAGAUACUAUUUCGAGCAUAAGGAGAGAACUUGUAGGCCACGAAGACGAUGACGUUUUCCCCAAAGAAACUUCCUAUCGAGCUCAGUUAUGCAAAACCAUGCCUGCCCACCUGACAAGCCGCAGCGACGAUCGCCAUUUACUACGUGUUCCACUCAAAUCCAAAGGGCAUUGGAUCUCAAGAUGGAAGACAAGCGACCGGUCCCUGUUCAUUAUGUUUUAUCAACGAUAUCAUAUACAUUUGAGCGCAUAUAUCCAUGCUGCAAUGCAAGGAGAUAGUGGUACGCAGGCAAAAAGCCACCACCACUUGCCAUCUGUGCAGACAAGAAACGCGUACUUGGCCGUAUCGCCAGGUUAUGUGCAUUUUGCAGCUUAUAUGACGGAGAAAGUCAGUUCUCUUUUACGAUCGUCUGUAAUGGAAGAAAUGUCAUGGUGUAACGAGUAUACUGCAACUGCAGCCACCAGUGCAACAUCAACGCAACAACAAACGCCUUCAUCUGCCAAGACCAUUGCUGCGCUUCCUCGACCGGAUUCUCCAGCUGUUGCUCCGAUGGUAACACCAGCCCCGACAGCAGCAAAAGUAGUGGCACCUUCCGAUGUUUCCAGUAACAAAUCGCCUCCAUCAUCAUCGCUUACUGAAUCACGCCCCACUUCAUCCGUCUCAACAGCUGUGCCUGCGAUCAAUGUUGUCGCUGUUAGCACCAUGGCUACAGAUCCAGGAUAUGCAGGAAAACCCAGAACGCUUGAAUCGGCGACGCGCCGAUAUGCAUACUGUUUAACAUCUUGUGCAAUUGACCCUGCGGGAACCAGCCCUUCGAACGAUAGCCGUAGUGCAAGUCAUCAUCAACACCAAAACAGCAGUAGAUCUGAUAUCACUGUUUAUCAUGAUAUGAUCAAUGUUUGGCUUAGAGCAAUCACUAAAAGCAUUAGUUGGACUUCACCCGAAAGUGUUUUUUGUCUCAUCGAUUUCCUGGAAAGUGUGAUCACCGAACUGAAAAAGAAACAUCACACUCAUGAUAGCGGAUCCCUACUCGUCGAUAUCCCCUUUAUUCUUCAUACAAUCCACCUCCUAUUAGCACAAGCCGACAAUACGAUCGUCCAUAUGCGCACACUGGCCUUUGUUUUUACAAACUUUGGAUUCUUGACACAACGCGCAGAGUUACUCGAUAUGUUGUGUAACCGAAUUUUGCUUCACCCCUAUCUUUUUGAACGGUUUAUCGUGCACUGGAAUAGUGGUGUGCGCAUAUUCUUCUUGCAAUGCCUGUUUUGGAGGAUCCGCCCGCUUUGGUCAUCCUCCACAGUUCAAUGGGGCUUUAGGGACACUGCGCUCAAGACCAGUGCUUGUGAUGGAUCGCGGUGUUGGAGCGCAUGGCACGAGGAACACAAUAUGAAUUCUAUUGAUGAAGAUGACUCAUCCAUGUCAGGUUACCAAUACCGUCAAACAACAACAACUGGCAGUGAUUCAAUCACUGAACAUAGAAAGUGUACUCUUGAGAUACAUAUAACACUUGAAACACUGUUAGCAUCAUUCUUGCAGCAAUAUACCCGACUUGACUUGCUGUUAAAAGAUAUAGGCGACCGUCGAGAUCGCCAUGCCGCCAUAUCUAGACUACAGACCAAUACAGUAACUCCGAUCCUUUUCCUUCCUUCAUUCACAUCACAGCUCACUUUGCCGUCACCGCCGCCUCCACCGAAAAAGAGAAGCAUCGCUUCCAUCACCACUACCAGCACCGCCACCACUAGUCCUUACACAACAUUACCACCAACACCUCCACCACACGGUACACCAUAUUUGCAAUCACCAUCCUCACAACAGCAACAAGAACAUAGACGCCGCUCACGAGUUUUUAGUAACAACUUAAAGGUAGCAACACGUCGAUUGUCUCGUACAUUCCUUAAAACAGAUAUCAACAUAUAUGAUGAUGACGACGACGACAGCAGCGAAUCCUGCUCUUCCACGCCACCACGUCGUCAUAGUACCACAACUGCAUUUGCUAGCGCACCUACCUUAUCCGAAGUGAGGGUGAACACCAAUAAGUCAUCCUCCCCAAAACAAUACUAUACUGUUCCUUCUACUUACAUGUGUCGGCGUCAAAGCAAGACAGCCUCUUCAAUUAAUCACCACCAGCCGCAAACUACGAUUGGAGACGAGAACGUCAACACUGCUAGUAGCAAUAAUCAAGGUUAUUUCAAUACUUUGGAUCAUCAAGAAAGUGGUGGUAGCACUAGCGGUAGCAGUAGCAGCACCGACAGUAGCACAUGCGAGGAUUCUGCAUACGCAAGUGGCCGAACAACACCCACUGGAUUGCCAUCCAUCUUUUACAGUGGUAGAAAGUCGUCCUCUUCGUCGUCGUGGAUGAUGAUGUCAGCGGCAGCUAUGAUGGCCUCUAUACCUGAGAACGUAUCAGCAGCAAAUGGCUGGCGAUAUGCUCCUACUGCACACACGUAUGCAGCCAAGGCAGUUGCAGAAAUGGAUUUGAUUAUGAACAGCAGUUUACCAUCCUCAUCAGCAACUGCAGCAGCAUCCUCCGCAGCAACUCGUAGGAUGUCCUUGAGCUCAGCUUCGAUAUUGAAGAAGACAUCUGCUCAAACAAGUCCCACAGGCGUUCCUGAAAUUUCGGUCGAUUGGCCGAAAGCAUGGAGCUCUCCGCAAUUUUAAAAUUUUUACUCUUCUUUUCCCUCGUUAAUCAUCAUCCUACGCAUUACUACUGAAUAGUAGCUGUAUUAGCAUUAAUAUCUUCCCAAAAAACACACACACACACACACACACUCUCUCUCUCUCUCUUUCUCUUUCUCAUAUUUCUUCUAUCUUACACAGACAAGUUUUAUCUAGCUCAGAAUCCAUAUAAUCUCCCUCUUUUAUUUUUGACAAAACCAAUGUACAUUAUAUUGCAGUUUCUUUCUUUUUGAUUUUUCUAUAUCAAUAAACUACAAGUAUACCCGUCUAAAAUAUCAUACAAAAA